AUGGCAAGCUCCAAGACCGAUCGUGUCGUCAAGAAAAGAGCGUCGCAGGCGUGCCACAACUGUCGAACCCGCAAAGUGAAAUGCGACCUGAUCACGUCAAGCGCCCCGUGUUCCAAUUGCAGGCUCGAUGAGGUGGAAUGUGUGGUGGUCGAGUCCAAACGGAGCAGGAAAUACCGGCUGCAGAAGCGUCGAUUGAACGGCUUGAGCUCGCUGCCACCACUCACUCGAGCACCCCCCAAGUUGGAGACGCGAUCGUCGUUCGCUUCGUCUAAUGUCGCCCCAGAAGUUCUUGCCCAUGAGGUUUCAAAGACGGUGAAUGCAGUGUCAGAUAUCAGUCAGGGAGGUCGGCCGGAGGGUGGUCCGUUAGACUCGAAAGCAUCUUCCACAGCGGCAAGUUCUUUCCAGGGCUCUCCUGGCAGUGCCACACCAACAGAUGGUGUUCAUGCAAAGAUUGGUGAUUAUGCUAGGUCGGACGUGCUUCAAUGUCCACCGCCCGUCAAUCUACCAUCCUAUAUCCGGGCACCACGGGCUGGAGUUCAGCCCGAGGACAUUGAGAUACUUCAUCGUCGUGGGGCCCUAAGCAUCCCGCCUGCUGAGCUGAGAGACCAGCUUCUCCGAAGCUAUGUGCUCUUUGUCUACCCUUACAUGCCGACCAUAGACUUACAGGACUUUCUCGGGGCCCUUGAUGGUCAUGAGGGCUGCUCCAAGAUUAGUCUGAUGGUCUUUCAGGCUGUCAUGUUUGCAGGUACCGCAUACGUCGACCUGGACUUGCUUCAACAAGCUGGCUACGAGAGUCGAAGAGCCGCCAGGAGUGAUAUGUAUCAAAAAGUUAAGUUACUCUACGAUUUCAAUUGGGAUGUCGACCGGAUUGCGUUGGUCCAGUCCCUCCUCCUGAUGAAUUACUGGUAUGUGUCGGAAAACGAUCCUAAGGACCCGUGGCAUUGGUUGGGUAUCUGUAUCUCGUUGGCCACGAGUAUUGGGAUGGACCAGACCGACACGUAUGUCAGAGAUGACCCUCGCACCCGUCGGCUAUGGAGACGGAUCUGGUGGUCUUGCGUGAUGCGAGACAGAAUCAUGGCAAUCACCAUGCGAAGACGGAUGCGCAUCAGAGACGAUGAAAUCAGCCUCGCCAUGUUGAGCGCCGAUCUGGAUUUUGACCUCGGCCCCAUCACCACUACCAUGCCAGCCCUUAGGGAAUGCCGGUCUAUGAUAGACUCUUCGGUCAGAAAGAUGCUGGCUGAGAUGUAUGUGGCCAAAACAAAACUGCUGUUGAUAGUUGGAGACAUCAUCAACAGUUGUUACUCCUUGCGAGCUUUAGGUCGGUCGACCUGGGAGGUCACCAUGCUCUAUACGCCCAGGAGAGCCGACGCCAUAAGACCCCAUGACCUUGCUCGUCUGCAGGACGAUUUGGAGAAAUGGGAAGGGACUCUCCCACCGAGCUGCUGGCUUCGCACAAGUCCCGAAACUCGCGCCGGCCUCAACACAGACACGGCCUCUCCCAUCGAUAGCGGUACUGCUGAUGCGACGACAGAUGACGUUCUAUUUCUUCACAGGAGUGUUCUGAAGAUGCUGUUUUUGCUAGCCACUGAAGCGCUCAACAGACCACAGACUCUGUCCAUGUCCAAAAGCAAGCAUGGCAUGGCCUCGGCAACAGACUCAAUUCCGGCUGCUGGGGCUGGCGCUGCGACAUCGACUUCUGCAUCAACUUUAGCCUCGACUUCAACCUCAAAGGUCAAAGAAGCUGCCGCCAAAAUGUCCGAGAUCGUUAUGUAUCUUCAGGACCGAGACCUGGUCAAAUACCUUCCGCCCAUAUCCGUUAGCUUCAUGCUCCUCGCCAUCGCGGCUUUUCUGGUCGAGGAAAUCAAAACUACCAAGGCAGAGCCAUCGCAGACUUCACCAGAUGAACAGCUUCUAAGGAAUCAGCAGCAACACGAGCAGCGGCAAAGACAGUUCCAGAACUGUGUCAGAACUCUCCUCGGUCUACGCGACAGAUGGCCAAUCGCCGACUCAGCUUGUGAGUUGGUAGCGCAAAUGAUGGCUAGGAGUCGGGGUGGGACGAAGCCGGCUCGCGGGACCGGUCUGUCUGCCGAUCGAGGGAAGAAUCUGCACGGCACUGCCACUGCUGCUGCUGCCGAAAACAUGCUGGCAGUGACUACUACUGUUAGUCAAUCGACCACCGGUCCCGCUGUGCAGUCAGUCUUUUCUGGCACCAUUUUGGCACAACCCGCUUCCCGGAUUCACGACCACGACAAUGUUAUGGGCAUCACCAAUGGUGUCAGUACAAGUCCCAAUCCGGUUGAUGAUGCCACAAAAAGUGAGGUGAGAGCUGCAAGUCUAGACUCUCGACGGUUGUCUCAGUCUCUGCUGUCUCAAGGUGUUGCAGAUGUCCAAAAUCCAGUUUCCUUUGGCAAUAUAAAUGAUGGUUCUUCUGCCUUGUCAUCAUCAUCAUCAUUACUUGCUCCCAAUGCAAGUUUCAUCCAGAUGUCCAGCUGGACAGGGACAGGGACUGGGCCAGACGAGAAAGUGCUGGAUUCGAAGGCAGCAGCAACAGUAGGGUCGUUCUUUGACUUGGACAGUCGUCAUCGGCAGCAUCAAACUCAACCCCAAACCCAAAAUCAUCACCACAACCACAACUCCCUCGACCACCCAAGCAGCCAACAACAUCCCACUCGCCGCGGCCACAACCAGACGAAUCCCGGACAUGGACAUGGAUAUGGGCAUGCACACGGUCACAUCGCAAACGGCCACGCCCUGUACAUGGACAUUGCUCUCGCCGAAUGUUCUGCCCUGGCAGGAAGUGGUGCCGGUGGUGCUGUCGGCAAUGCCAGUACCAGUGCCAGUGCCAGUGCCAGUGCCAGUGCCAGUGCCGGUACAGCUACAGGUCCGCUUAGCGGUGGUGCUGGCAGUGCUACCGGAAUAUUCGACACCAACACCACCCAUCUGGAGGUUACAGAUGGCGGAUUUUGCUCCGAUUUUGGGUUUGAUCUGGACGACUUUGGAUUCAAUCACGGUUUCGAUUUCAAUUUCGACUUUGAUUUCGAUUUCGAGGCUUAUUUUGAUUCCAAUCCGGAGAAUCAUAUGGAAUAG